CCGCGCGCGCGAUGGGAGAGUGACUCGCUCACGCUCUUGAGCCCGGCGAGUAGUACAAACACUGGCACUGACUGAAGCGCGGCCCUCACCUUCGGCUCGGCUGGCCUGGACUGGCAUCGCCUUCCUGCGAUCAUGCGACUCUGACUCUACCGACUGCGUCUCCAGACAUUCUCUUUCCUGUUUUGCCCUUGGGUCUCCACUUCUUCUCUCGGCUCAGUUCGGAGCAGUGCCGAGCCCGAUCUGAACUGAUCGACUUUCUCCUCUUGUUUGCUUUAUUACUUUCCUCAUCCCACUUCGUUGCGACGUCGUCGCUCGUCUUCUGGUCUCUUGCUUCAUUGAUCGACUCGUGCUGGAAUUAUCUGAGUACUGUCGGGAGUCUAUAGCGAUUCGCGAUACGUGAUCGGCGCAGAGCAGAGCGGUGUUGUGCGUUGCAUUUUCGUUGGCAGAGGACUUUGAAUAGGUCAGCUCUGUGGACGUCAUGGUCGGCAUGGCAUCUUACAGAGCUGCCCCUGGCAUAUUUUGCGCGCUCCUCUUAUGCUUGGAUUUUCUUAUGGUUUCAUCUCAGUCACCUACUGUGGCUCCAAGUCCUACGACGACACCGUCCGCUCCAGUGACAGCUCCUCCAAGUCCUGCUGCUCUACCGCCUCCAGCGAUCGUACCAGCACCAGCCCCUGCAGCUAAACCGCAACCACAAGUGGUCGACAUGAUAGAAGCUUUGAGGGAUGCUGGGCAAUUUGGCGCGAUAGCAGGUCUCCUUGAUGGACUACAAAUGAAGAAUCUGACUCCCAUGACGACUUGGCUGCUUCCGAACGAUGAAGCUUUCUCUGGCACUAGUUAUCCCAAGAAUGUGACAAAGUUUAUUGAUUAUCAUGUGAUCCGUCAGCUAUUACCGUACUCCAGACUUUCGACUCUGAGCGUAGGCACUAGACUACCCACAUUUCUUGGCAGUGAGACAGUAGUGGUGACUAGCAACCUUCGCUUCAAUUAUUCACUGGACAAUGCUAUGAUUGUCGUACCAGAUUUGUACAGUGAUAGCACAGUCGCGGUCCACGGGAUAAACUCAGUACUGAACGAUUAUCUUUUCAACGAAGGUGUAUCUGCUCCCUCUCCUGGAGAGGCUCCGUCAGGAGUCCCCACUGCAGGCCCACCUUCUCCACCGUCAUCCAGCUCGUCCCCGACCACGCCAGGGGAAAGUAACCCGAUCACACUACCGGCGGCAGCUCCAACGUUGUCCACAUCGACAUCUUUGCCGGUAUCGUUUGGGUUGAUUCUGAUAGUUGCGAUGUUGAUCGUGUAGAUUCCAUUCUGUCCUCGCUGUCAUUGACGCGCAGUCUGAUUAAAGCUGCCUCAAUGUAGUCCAUGCGUGUUCAGCUGGGAUCCAACUCGUGAUCAUUCAGCACGGAUAACUAAUGGAGUUGAAAAGGGUGGACAAUUUCGCUUAUCGAAAGUGAAUACGUCGCAGUAUGUUAAAUUUUGAGUCGUAGUUUAAGUAGUGUACCACACGUUCUAUGUCGGAAAAGAAAUGUGACUAGCAGAUUUUUUACACUUAAAUUACUAAGACUUCCGAAUUCUGU